AUGUCUGCUCACGAACCGCACGAUGAGGACGCCAACGUCCCCGAGGACGACGACGAGAUGUUCAACCCCGAGGACAUGGAGGAAGAAUUCGAGGGCGAGGGCGAGGACAUGCCCAUGUCCGACGACGAAGAAGGAGGAGCCAUGGAGGAGAUCCUGCUGCAAAACGACAGUGUUGCACACUUUGACGGACACAAGGACAGCAUCUUCUGCGUCGCCCAACACCCCACCCACCCACAACUCGUCGCGACUGGCGGCGGCGACGACGUAGCUUACCUCUGGGACUGCUCGCCGCCGCAGGCUCCCGUCCUGCCCGCCUCGUACGAGAGUAACCCGCAGCCCGUCGAACGCCACAGCCAGGAAGCCUAUGUCAAGCUCGAGGGCCACUCCGACUCGGUCAACGCUGUUGCUUUCUCACUGCCUGACGGCAAGUUUGUCGCUACCGCUGGUCUGGACGGCAGGCUCAAUGUUUUCCACACACCGCAACAACCACAGGUCGAGCCCGCAAAGGCAUUCGCGUCUGCCGCCGAGGUCGAGGAAAUCAACUGGCUGCUGCCCUGCCCCAACCCUACAUACCCCAACACAUUCGCUCUCGGCGCCAACGAUGGCAGUGUCUGGGUCUACACAAUCAACGAACAGGAUGCUGCGAGCCCGCUCACCAUCGUACAAGCAUUUUAUCUCCACCAAGCUUCUUGUACCGCUGGUGCAUGGACGCCCGACGGCAAGCUGCUGUGCACGGUUUCCGAGGACUCGAGCUUAUACGUCUGGGACGUGUUUGGCGAUGCCGCGGCCGCUGGGCUUGCAAACCCUUCUGGUCAGGCUGUUGUCGGAUUGACGGGCGACGACGAGCGUUUCCUCAUCGAGGGCGGUCUGUACAGUGUAGCUGUUUCGCCCGGCGGUGCUCUCGUCGCUGUAGGAGGUGCCGAAGGCCAGAUCCGCGUUGUCGGUUUACCCCGUCUGUCCAUGCCCGCAGGCCAAUCCGUGACUGCAGGAGCCAAGGGAGCCGGUGCCCGUGGCAAGGCUGGCGGUGCUAAGCAGUCAGGCGGCCCUCGCGGCGGUCAAUCGAGUGCCGCAGCAGGCCAAUCUGGUGUCAUUCUCGCCGCUCUCGCUGCCCAAACCGACGGUAUUGAAACCCUGUCGUUCGCACAACCGCCAUUGACGCUCCUGGCUGCUGGCAGUGUGGAUGGCAGUAUCGCGCUCUUUGACGUGGCGCACAACUUUGCCAUCCGCAGACACAUCAGGGACGCACAUGAGGAAGAGGCAGUCAUCAAGGUCGAGUUUGUCAAUGCGGGACAAGGUGGAAACAACUGGAUGCUCACAUCUUGCGGCAACGACGGUGUGGUGAGGAGAUGGGAUGUUAGGGGUGGUACUGCUGCUGCCAAUGGCGGUUUGAGUGGAGAGUGGAGGGGACACAGAGGCGGUGGUGAGGGCGGUGGUGUUAUGGGCUUUGUGCAGGGUGGUGGUGGCAGAGCUAUCGUUACUGCUGGUGAUGAUAGUGUGUCGCUUGUCUUUAAUGCACCUCCGCAAUAG